CUCUCCCUCUCUCUCUCUUUCUCUCUCUCUCUCCACCCCCACCCCACCGCCGCAGGUUGCUGCUGAUCGCGGCUGCAGCAGCAGCGACUGCAGAGGCGCUGCACCAAGCGGCGCCCGAGUCGUGCGAGCCGAGCCGGCUGGACUGCGGAGGGCCAGUGGACUCAGCCAGGAAGCCCUGAACCACGUGCCAACUGGGAAGGUGAUGGUCAGCGAGGCCAGCCCGGCUUAACCUGGGGUUCUUGGUCCUGUUCCGGGAGUCCUCCGGCCUGCAGCCCCUGCCAAGGAGGGAGGAUUGGAUACGGGUGGCGGGAUCCAAGGGGCAGGGACCUGGGUAGACACAGGUCCAGCUGGUAGAGUAGAAGAUUCCCGUGCUACUCCGGUGGACAGGAGGCCGUUCUCCUGCAGCCCCUCUGACCGUGGGCAAGGUGUUUGGCCCUCGGAGCACCUUCACUGACUUGGAGGACACGGGGUUGAACCAGUGAUUUCUAGCUGCCCCCUGAGGCUCUUAGGAUCGUGACUUCCAGCAAGGUAUUAGAAGCCUGUGCAUCAGUCCCACUAACUUCACUGGUGGAGGCAGUUGUGGCCAGAGCCUGGCCUGUAGGGCCCUCGUCUGAUCCCAGGGUGUCCUGCUGAAGGACAAGAGGAGAAGCCAUGCCGGGCAGUGGCCCCAACGAAAGGAUGACAUGGCCUGGCCCGGCCCUCCCCACGACUCCCCCAACCCGCCCUCUCUCCUCAGCCCCGGGGACACCGACCAUCCCGCCGCUCACCCGGACCCGCAGCCUCAUGGCCAUGUCCCUGCCAGGGAGCCGAAGGGCCUCUGCUGGAUCCCGCAGGCGCACCUCUCCGCCCGUGAGCGUGCGGGAUGCCUACGGCACCUCUUCCCUCAGCAGCAGCAGCAACUCAGGCUCCUGCAAGGGCAGUGACAGCAGCCCCACACCCAGGCGCUCUAUGAAAUACACACUAUGCAGCGACAACCAUGGCAUCAAGCCCCCUACCCCAGAGCAGUACCUGACUCCACUACAGCAGAAGGAGGUGUGCAUCCGGCACCUGAAGGCCCGGCUCAAGGACACACAGGACCGGCUCCAGGACCGGGACACAGAGAUCGAUGACCUGAAGGCGCAGCUGUCACGCAUGCAAGAGGACUGGAUUGAGGAGGAGUGCCACCGAGUGGAGGCGCAGUUGGCCUUGAAGGAGGCCCGCAAGGAGAUCAAACAGCUCAAGCAGGUCAUCGACACUGUCAAGAACAACCUCAUCGACAAGGACAAGGGGCUGCAGAAAUACUUCGUGGACAUCAACAUCCAGAACAAGAAGCUGGAAACGCUGCUGCACAGCAUGGAGGUGGCCCAAAAUGGCACAGCCAAGGAGGAGGGCACCGGGGAGUCAGCGGGAGGAUCCCCUGCCCGCUCCCUCACCCGCAGUUCUACCUACACCAAGCUGAGUGACCCAGCUGUCUGUGGUGACCGCCAGCCCGGUGACGCCCCCAGUGUGUCUGCUGAGGAUGGACCUGACAGUGGAUUUGCAGCUGCCGAUGACACACUGAGCCGGACGGAUGCCCUGGAGGCCAGCAGCCUGCUGUCAUCGGGGGUGGACUGUGGCCCCGAGGAAGCCUCACUACACAGCUCCUUCAACCUGGGCCCCCGCUUCCCUGCCAGUAACACCUAUGAGAAGCUGCUGUGUGGCAUGGAGGCUGGCGUGCAGGCCAGCUGCAUGCAGGAGAGAGCCAUCCAAACGGACUUCGUGCAGUGCCAGUCUGACCUGGACGCCAUCAUGGAGAAGAUGGGCCAGGCUCAGGUCUGUGGGACAGUCCCUGAGGACAGGCAUCCCGAGCCAGGUCCUCACCUCCCAGGGCCCAGAGACCCCAACUCAGCAGUGGUGGUGACGGUGGGUGAUGAGCUCGAGGCCCCGGAACCCAUCACCUGUGGGCCUACCACACAGCGACCCGGAACCAGCUCCAACCCCGGGCUACCAGUGAGCGUGGUGUGUCCUGUGGAAGAGGAGGAGGAGACAGCCCCCACGGAAAAGGAGCCCAAGAGCUACUGGAGUCGCCACUACAUCGUGGAUCUGCUGGCCGUGGUGGUGCCGGCUGUGCCCACGGUGGCCUGGCUCUGUCGCUCCCAGCGACGCCAGGGCCAGCCCAUUUACAACAUCAGCUCCCUGCUGCGGGGCUGCUGCACGGUGGCCUUGCACUCCAUCCGCAGGAUCAGCUGCCGCUCGCUGAGCCAGCCGGGCUCCAGCUCAGCAGGCAGCAGCUCCCAGCUCUGAGGGGGGCCACGUGGGCAGCUCUGCUCCGCUGCCGCGGCCUGACCACUGAUUGUAGGAUGCUGUCCACUCUCCCCCACGCACAUCCCCACGGGCGUCACCAUAUUUAUUUACUUUCAGGUUUGGAAUAGUUUUUCCUCCCCCACCCCCGGAUGUUAACAGGGGCUAGAAGUAAGCAUUUGGAAAGGCAUCCCAAAACUCAGAGAGAAGGUAAGGGACAUCAACUAUGAGAGCCUCCACCUGACCCUCCGUCCACCCAGCCUCUGAGGAGGACAGGCCCUGCUCAGGAAGUCUCUGGCUAUGUUGACCUGGGGACCUUCCCUGAUCCAGGCCCCUCCACUCCAUGUCAUCUCUCCCAAGCCACUCUGUCCUCAAGCUCCUGGACCAGUGUUCUCUCCUCGGAUGGAGGCACCCAGGGCCCAAAGGGCAGAGAACUGACCCGAGGACUCAGAGUAGGCUCUGGAUCCUCAAACUGAGGGGCUCCCUUUCCCCACCACGGGCUGCAGGAAGAGCAUGCUGGGCCAUGAGAAGCAGAGAGCAGGGUGGGUUCUGUGUCCGUCUGUCCUCCCCACAAUCUGUUUUCCUCUUGGCUUGUGGGUGUGUCAGAUCUUGCUUGUGAGCUCACCAGGCCUGACCUGCUCAGUGUGGGGCUGGGACCCCUUGCUCAAGCCCCAGCCGCCAAUGGGAGAAUCCCCUAGCAGACAUGAGGCAGGACCAGUAGCUCUGCACAGGCAGGGCUCUACCUUCUGAGAUGAACUCACAUCAUCUGCAGAAGGAGAAGCCAGGAGCAGGAAUCCCAGGUGGGUUUGAAAAGCCGAAUGCCACUGUUGGCCCUUGAGCUCACCCCACAGUCCUCCAGCCUCAGGCCCAAUUCUUUUUUGCACUAUGUUCUCUUUGGGGUGUGGUUCCUACCCACCCCAGGACCUCCAGUGGGUGGCUGCUCGCUUUCUGGGAUGAGGGUUUCCAAAUCUCCAAUUUGGCUGCCUCCAGUGGAGGGCGGGCAGUCUGGUAGGAUGACUCUCCUCAUGGAGUUCUGAAGCCAUGAUGUCCGUCUGUUCAGGCCAAAGCAGGGUACUCUGGCUGUGCCUUCCAGGCCGGAGUGUCGCAGGGCAAGUGGGAGGCCUGGUCAGCCUGGGAAGGUACAUGGACCCCCCACUUCCCUCUUCUUCCCCGAUAGGGGUCAUACCUCCCUGGCCAGCCCACCCACUUGUCACAGGUUAGACCUCGCAUCUGGCGAGUCGGUGGGAUCCUGACUCUCAUCCCUCUGGCAUGGGGGCCUCUCUGGUUCUUUGCCAAGGUUGUUUGCCCUCACCCUGCUCCCCCGACGGCACUGCCUAACUCCAUGGGCUCUGUCCCUCCACUCUGCCCUCCCUGAUGGUCGCCUGCAUGCACUGGGAGUGGGCUGUUAGCCCAGCCAUGGGGGCAAGAGCCCUCUGUCACAUACUUUUGUGCCUCCAAAGCUCCCCCGCCUCAGUUGGGCCUCAGACCAGCCAUCCUUUGUGGAGCACCUCUACCCUUGCUGAACCAAAUCUGAGUGUCUGAGGCCUGGCUGGGGCUGCCCCAAAGGACACUGGGAUGGCGUCAUGGAGGGGCAGGGAACAAAAGCAAUCCAAAGCCAAGCCAUGACUGGCCACGGACCCAGCCUCCUGCACCGUGCACUCUCGGAGCUGCACAGUAUCUCCCUAGCAACAGUCAAAGCUUUGCUGAGAAAAUAAAUGUAUGAACUAUAUUUGACAACAUCCAAUCAAUAUAUUUUUCACCAUUGGGAUUUAGUCCAGCUUCAGAGCCCCUCUGUCUCUGUCGGUGUCUUCCUGUCUGGGGCCUUCCUGGUGUGUCUCCUGUUCUGUUGGAGCUGGGCGGGGCUGGGGUUGAGGUCUACUCAGUUUCUGCUGCUGAAGAAGCCAUUGUGACGGGCUGGGCUGUGGGUGGUCCUGGACGUAUAGAGGCGGUGAGUGAGGCUCCCCCACCACCCUCUGCUCCUGCUCUGGCUCUGGACCUACCCACAUGGUCAUGGGGGACCUAACCCACAGCGAGGGGUUGUGGGUUCUGAUGAUACCUCUAGAGAGCUCUCCUGGCCAGCAGGGGGAGCAGCUCGCUGCCCAGCAUGGGACAGCCUCUGGGCCCCAUGGACUGGUGGUCCCAGCCUACUCCUGAGCAUGUGCCCUUAGCUUGCGCGUCCUCAGAGUCUUGCAUCUAUGCAGAAGGGCUGUGAUGCCCAUGAGGCUCCUGCAGAUGGGCACACAGCAACCUGCUGGUACCGGCUCUAAAAGAGAGGGUCCCAGCAGGACUGGGGCUGUGUCAUGCUCCCCCCUCCCUACUUACAGUGAAUACUCGUCCCCAAAGCUCACCUUCCCUUCCACUUGGUGCCCCUUAGUGGACUGUAACCUGCCCUCUUGUCUCCAGCUUUUGGAGCAGAAAUCUUUAAGACCUCCUUUCCCCUGCCUCCAGCUGGAGCCAAUCGAGGGCGUAAGGAAACACUUUCUGGAGCUGCUGGUCCCUUGGGGCCCAGUGGCCUGCAGCAGUGGCUCCUUAGUUCUGAAGCCAGGGCCAGAGCCCGAGCAACCUGCUGACCCUUUGACCCACGCUCAGGCAGGACUUCUGCACAGAGCCGACCCUGACCAGAGUUAACAGACAGUGUCUCCAAGUGGGUGUAGCUUUUCACUGGAGUAUCUUUCCAAUUCCCAACACAUGCAUCUGACAGCAUUUGGGGGGCAAAUUCCAGGCUGUGGAGCAAGGGCCUCCACCCAGGGAACUCACACUGUCUGACCCAGGGGACAAUGCAAUUGGGCCACAAUGCACUCUCAUCUUAGGCUAUCCCCUUCACAGAGAUUUCAUGGGAUGCAGGAAAGGGGGGCUGGGAAGGGUCUUGAUUCUCGUCUCCUUGGUCCUUUUGUUCAAACAGAGUUGUGCCUGUAGCAGACAGCUCUGAAUUAAAGCAUGAACACAGCA